AAUAAGCGUCUGGGUUCAGUCAGGGUUCAAGCCUGCUAGAGCAUCCUAGUUUGGUUGGCGUGUACCCAUGUGGGUUCAGUGUUGACUUGCGGAGGUAAUUCGUUUACUUUGAAACGCUGCGUGUGGCGUUUCAACAUGUCGUCUUUUUUUAUAAAGAAAAAAGAAAACUCAAAAUUAUCCAAAAAGGGUAAAAAUACAGCGGUACCAAAACGAAAGCUGCUGCAGGGUGAUGGGGAUUCUGGUGCCAAGAGUAAAGUGCGGGUUAAGAGCUCUAAAUACAACGAAGAGAUUUCCAGCGAAUCUGAGACAGAGAGUGCCACAGUGCCCAGGAAAAGGCAGUCCAAUGAGGAGAAUGAAUAUGCGGAAACGCCACAGGAGAAGAAGCUUAGAUUAGCCAAACUUUACCUUGCUCAGCUAAAGGAAGAAGAGGAAAAGAAAGCAGAGGACGACGACUUUGAGACUGAUCUGGUUGCAGGAAGACUUGAAGAAGAAGUGCUUGAACAGAAAGGAAAACUUCAGCGACUUAUUGCCAAAGAUCUCAUACCACCAGAUGCUUCAGAGAUCCGGCUGUUAAGAGGACACAAGCUUCCAAUUACUUGCCUGGUCAUUUCCCCUGAUGAGAAGUGCAUCUUUUCUGCUGCCAAAGACUGCUCCAUCAUUAAGUGGAAUGUUGAGAGUGGGAAGAAACUGCAUACAGUACAUGGUGGAAGGAAAGGUACAGAUGAUCGGCAUGUAGGACAUACAGCCCACAUCCUGUGCAUGGCCAUAUCAUCAGAUGGAAAAUACUUGGCCACUGGAGACAUGAACAAACUGAUCAUGAUUUGGGAGGCAGAAACAUGUAACCAUCUUUAUAAAUUCACAGGACACAAAGGCCCUGUGUCGGGUCUUUCUUUCAGGAAGGGAACUCAUGAUCUGUACAGCGCGUCUCAUGACCGCUCAGUCAAGGUCUGGAACGUGGACGAGAAUGCAUAUGUGGAAACUCUCUUUGGUCAUCAGGAUGCUAUCACAGGACUAGACAGUCUGAGCCGUGAGUGCUGUGUGACUGCAGGAGGACGGGACCGCACCGUGAGGGUGUGGAAGAUAGCCGAGGAGUCUCAGCUUGUCUUUCAUGGCCAUGAGGGUUCAAUCGAUUGUAUCCAGCUCAUAAAUGAGGAGCACAUGAUAACAGGAGCUGAUGAUGGUUCAGUGUCUCUUUGGAGUGUCAACAAGAAGAAGCCUCUCAGCACCGUGAAGCAGGCUCACGGUUGCCAUGGUGACGCAGAGCUGGAGCAGCCUCAUUGGGUCGCGUCGGUAGCAGCGCUUCAAAACUCAGAUACCGUCGCCUCAGGUGCCUCUGGCUGUUCACACAACUCACAAGUUCAGCUCUGGAAGUGUGGCCUGAAUUACCGUGGGCUUAAGCCUCUAUUCAGUGUCCCAGUGUCCGGUUUUGUCAACAGUCUGAAGUUUUCGAGCUCCGGUCAGUUCUUGGUGGCAGGAGUUGGACAGGAGCACAGGUUGGGCCGAUGGUGGAGGCUAAAAGACGCCAAGAAUGGGAUCUAUGUUAUUCCUCUCAAAAGGAAACCUCCUAAUCCAGAGGAAGCCAAGAUGACUGAAUAGUGGACUGUUAAGUGUCUUGUCUUUUGUAAAUUAAAGGUUUAAAAAGUGC